GCCGUAGAGACCGAGAAAGAGCGAGAGGAAGAAAGAGAGGCAGAAAGGGCGUGUUUCUGGCGCUGCGUUUCCCCUCCCCUUUCUCAGGUCCUUCGCUCGGGGCUCUGCGCGCUCUCCGGCUGCAGCUCUCUCCCUGCGAAGCUGGAAAUUGGGUGGGAUUAGACAGUGUAGCCCCGCCGCCGCCGCUGGCAGAGCCCGGCUUGGAGAGGGCGGGGGUUCCCCUCAGUCAGUCGCCCCGGGCGCCCCUCGCCUAGUCUCACUCUCCGCCUCGCUCUCCCCGACGUCUGGCCAGGAGGAGCCAGUAGCAUCGGGAGCCUCCCGCUGAGGGCGCCGCGGUCCGCGCCCCGCGGCUAGAGCCCCCGGCCUGGCCUCGGCGGGGCGCCCCCUCCCCUCCCCCUCCUGCGCGCUGGGACCCAACUGGCUUCCGCCCUCCCCGGGCCGCGAGACCGGCCCCGGCGGCCGGGCCGCCCGUAGCUCCAGCCAUGGGCUCGGGGCGCGUACCCGGGCUCUGCCUGCUCGUCCUGCUGGUCCACGCCCGCGCUGCCCAGAACAGCAAAGCCGCGCAAGAUGUGGAUGAGUGUGUGGAGGGGACUGACAACUGCCACAUCGAUGCUAUCUGCCAGAACACCCCAAGGUCAUACAAGUGUAUCUGCAAGUCUGGCUACACAGGAGAUGGCAAACACUGCAAAGACGUGGAUGAGUGCGAGCGAGAGGACAAUGCAGGUUGUGUGCAUGACUGUGUCAACAUCCCUGGCAAUUACCGGUGUACCUGCUAUGAUGGAUUCCACCUGGCACAUGACGGACACAACUGUCUGGAUGUGGACGAGUGUGCCGAGGGCAACGGUGGCUGUCAGCAGAGCUGUGUCAACAUGAUGGGCAGCUAUGAGUGCCACUGCCGGGAAGGCUUCUUCCUCAGCGACAACCAGCAUACCUGUAUCCAGCGUCCAGAAGAAGGCAUGAACUGCAUGAACAAGAACCAUGGCUGUGCCCACAUUUGCCGGGAGACACCCAAGGGGGGUGUUGCCUGUGAAUGCCGUCCUGGCUUUGAGCUUACCAAGAACCAACGAGACUGUAAAUUGACAUGCAACUACGGUAACGGCGGCUGCCAGCACACGUGUGAUGACACAGAGCAGGGUCCCCGGUGCGGCUGCCACGUCAAAUUUGUGCUCCAUACCGAUGGGAAGACAUGCAUCGGGGAAAGGCGGCUAGAGCAGCACAUCCCCACUCAGGCCGUUUCUAAUGAGACUUGUGCUGUCAACAACGGGGGCUGUGACAGUAAGUGCCAUGAUGCAGCGACUGGUGUCCACUGCACCUGCCCUGUGGGUUUCAUGCUGCAGCCAGACAGGAAGACCUGCAAAGAUAUAGAUGAGUGCCGCUUAAACAACGGGGGCUGUGACCACAUUUGCCGCAACACAGUGGGCAGCUUCGAAUGCAGUUGCAAGAAAGGCUAUAAGCUUCUCAUCAAUGAGAGGAAUUGCCAGGAUAUAGACGAGUGUUCCUUCGAUCGAACCUGUGACCACGUAUGUGUCAACACACCAGGAAGCUUCCAGUGUCUCUGCCAUCGUGGCUACCUGUUGUAUGGUGUCACCCACUGUGGGGAUGUGGAUGAAUGCAGCAUCAACCGGGGAGGUUGCCGCUUUGGCUGCAUCAACACUCCUGGAAGCUACCAGUGUACCUGCCCAGCAGGCCAGGGCCGGCUGCAUUGGAACGGCAAAGAUUGCACAGAGCCAGUGAAAUGUCAAGGCAGUCCUGGAACCUCAAAAGCCAUGCUCAGCUGCAACCGGUCUGGCAAGAAGGACACCUGUGCCCUGACCUGUCCCUCCAGGGCCCGGUUUUUGCCAGAAUCUGAGAAUGGCUUCACGGUGAGCUGUGGCAUCCCCAGCCCCAAGGCUGCUCCAGCCCGAGCUGGCCACAACGGGAACAGCACAAACUCCAACCACUGCCAUGAGGCUACAGUGAUGCCCAUUAAACAACGGGUCUCCUUCAAGAUCAAAGAUGCCAAAUGUCGUUUGCACCUGCGAAACAAAGGCAAAACAGAGGAGGCUGGCAGAAUCACAGGGCCAGGUGGUGCCCCCUGCUCUGAAUGCCAGGUCACCUUCAUCCACCUUAAGUGUGACUCUUCUCGGAAGGGCAAGGGCCGACGGGCCCGGACCCCUCCAGGCAAGGAGGUCACACGGCUCACCCUGGAACUGGAAGCAGAGGUCAGAGCCGAAGAAACCACAGCCAGCUGUGGGCUGCCCUGUCUCCGACAGCGAAUGGAACGGCGGCUGAAAGGAUCCCUGAAGAUGAUCAGAAAGUCAAUCAACCAGGACCGCUUCCUGCUGCGCUUGGCAGGCCUUGAUUAUGAGCUGGCCCACAAGCCGGGCCCAGUAGCCGGGGAGCGAGCAGAGCCGAUGGAGUCCUGUAGGCCUGGGCAGCACCGUGCUGGGGCUAAGUGUGUCAGCUGCCCGCAGGGAACGUAUUACCACGGCCAGACGGAGCAGUGUGUGCCAUGCCCAGCGGGCACCUUCCAGGAGAGAGAAGGGCAGCUCUCCUGCGACCUUUGCCCUGGGAGUGAUGCCCACGGGCCUCUUGGAGCCACCAGCGUCACCACGUGUGCAGGUCAGUGCCCACCUGGCCAACACUCUGUAGAUGGUUUCAAGCCCUGCCAGCCAUGCCCACGUGGUACCUACCAACCUGAAACAGGACGGACCCUAUGCUUCCCUUGUGGUGGGGGCCUUACCACCAAGCAGGAAGGGGCCAUUUCCUUCCAAGACUGUGACACAAAAGUCCAGUGCUCCCCAGGGCACUACUACGACACCAGCAUCCAUCGCUGUAUUCGCUGUGCCAUGGGCUCCUAUCAGCCUGACUUUCGUCAGAACUUCUGCACCCGCUGUCCAGGAAACACAAGCACAGACUUUGAUGGAUCUACCAGUGUGGCCCAAUGCAAGAAUCGUCAGUGUGGUGGGGAGCUGGGUGAGUUCACUGGCUAUAUCGAGUCCCCCAACUACCCGGGCAACUACCCAGCUGGCGUGGAGUGCAUCUGGAACAUCAACCCCCCACCCAAGCGCAAGAUCCUUAUCGUGGUACCUGAGAUCUUCCUGCCAUCAGAGGAUGAGUGUGGGGACGUCCUCGUCAUGAGAAAGAACUCAUCCCCAUCCUCCAUUACCACUUAUGAGACCUGCCAGACCUAUGAGCGCCCCAUUGCCUUCACUGCCCGUUCCAGGAAACUCUGGAUCAACUUCAAGACAAGCGAAGCCAACAGCGCCCGUGGCUUCCAGAUUCCCUAUGUUACCUAUGAUGAGGACUAUGAGCAGCUGGUAGAAGACAUUGUGCGAGAUGGCCGGCUCUAUGCCUCUGAAAAUCACCAGGAGAUUUUAAAGGACAAGAAGCUCAUCAAAGCCUUCUUUGAGGUGCUAGCGCACCCCCAGAACUACUUCAAGUACACAGAGAAACACAAGGAGAUGCUGCCAAAAUCCUUCAUCAAGCUGCUCCGCUCCAAAGUUUCCAGCUUCCUGAGGCCCUACAAAUAGUAACCCUAGGAUCAGAGACCCAAUUUUUUAAGCCCUCAGACUCCUUAGCCCUCAGAGCUGGCAGCCCCCUCUCCCCCUCAGACAAGGAACUCUCUCCUCUCUUCCGAGAGAAAAAGAAAAUAUCACUACACAGACCAGGCACUCUCCCUUUCUGUCUUUCUAGUUUCCUUUCCUUGUCUCUUUCUGCCUGUCUCUCUACUGUUUUCCCUUUUCUUACAUGCCCCAUAGAAAAGUCAUUCAGUACUGGCUCUAGUCCCCCUGAGAGGUAAAGAAACAGUACAGCCCCUUCCACUGCCCAUUUUACCAGCUCAGAUUCCUAGCCCUAUCAGCUUGGAAGGGUGCCAGAGGCCCAUGAAGGAAGUGGGUCUGGUGGGGAAUGGGGAUGGGAAAGAAGGGCUUCUGCCAUUAUAGGGUUGUGCCUUGCUAGUCAGGAGCCAAAAUGCCCCCUGGCUCUGCUCUCUAGGGUGAUUCUAACAGCCCAGGGUUCUGCCAAAGAAGGACCUGCCAAAGGGACUGUAAGCCUUUGAUUUACAGGCUUAAUGCCAGCACCAGUCCUCUGGGACACAUUGUUUGAGCUCUGGACUGCCCACAUGGCCAGCUUUCUUGUCUAUACAGAUUCUUUUUCUUUCUUUCCCCACGUCUGCCUGGGGUCUACUCCAUAAGGGUUUACAAAUGACCCACAACACUGAGUUAGUGGACACUGGCUAAAUGAGGAAGAGCAGCAGGCAUUACCAUGUUGAAGGCCCCGCUGUGGCUUUCUAAAAGACUAGCUCUGCAGGACAGAAACCAGUUUGUAAAGCAUUGCCCCCAAAAAAGAAAAGAAAAUGUAUCGUCUAAAGGACUAGACACAGAACAAUUGGAAGUCAACUUCAAACACUAAUACCUUUUCUUACUUGUCUUCCCUGGCCCAGCCACUUCCUCAGCCCCACAUGAAUGCUCCCUGGGGGAGCCUGCUCCCCUUGCUACAUGUUGUCCUUAAAGAAAUACGGCUAUUGACAUGAAACCAGCCUAGGCCUUGCCCUACAGUUGUCUUUCCCUUGUAGCCCCAGCUGGUUUGUGGGCUUCACCAAAGAGGACCCCACUCUGCAGCCAGCCUGGAGCCACCUACCUCUGGCCUCAGGCUGUGGCCAGCAAAAAGGAAUGUGUGUGCACUUGGCAAGCCUCCUGCCCACCCUGUCCACACCUAAUAAGUGCAAUCAUUUUGAGUCUUCCUAUGUUGUCUAGAGGGAGGAGUUUUUGUUUUCUGGGUUUGUUUUUUGUUUUUGUUUCUUUUUCCUCUAUUAGAAAAAUCCUAUUUAUAGCUGCCCAAGAGAAAAGAGUAUGUUUGGAGUGGAAGAAAAUAAGUUUUCAAUCUCAUGUACCUUGAGUGCUGGAGCAUCUGAUCUGUUUCUAUGCCACCAGUGGCCACCUAGAACCCUUGGCUGUGGUAAUCCAGGGUAAUUGUGCAGAGGCAUCUGAUGUGUAGGAAAGUAAUUCUGGGGAUUUGAUGGAGCAGGAAGGAGAGGGACCUAUGUUUGCUAAAUCAGUCCUGCUGUUGCUAUGCUCUCGAUGGAGUCAGCGUGGACCUCAUGAUUAUAGAAGUCAAUGGAACCGGUCAAUGAAUCUCUACCCCAAGUAGGGAAAACCUCCAUCUUUUCCCUGUCUUUAUCCUGUUAUCCCCUGGUGUACACAUGGAAGAGGACCAGGACAUACCACCUGGGGAUGGGCUGACUCGGUCCUGAGCCAGAGUCAAGGCUGUGGGAGCCAAGAAUAAGACAGAAGGCAUCAGAUAUCUGCCUGGCUCUGGUCAAUUCCCUCUCAAAGUUGACUUCAAGCCUAGCUUCCUCAACUACUGUUUUUCAAAAGGAAGAAUCAAAUGGAAGAAGAAUCAAGUCUGUGCCCAAGCCCAAAGCCUGCAAACAUUCUGCCCUUAAUCCAACUGCUGCCUAUAACAUUAUUUUCAAUUUUCUCCCUCUAGUUCUCCCAAAGCUGUAGUCCUAAUCAAUCAAAGGCUACCAACUGACUCCUCAGGUUCAUUUCUUUUUCUUUUUUUUCUUUUUAACUCUCCUGGUAACUCACAGAACCACUCAGGUUCAUUUCUAGGUGACUGUCCUAGGCUACUGCUCCUCUAGGAGCCUCAAGAGUAAAUAAAGGAGCCUGACCCCCUACCCUCCCAUCAGUAGCAUUCACCAGCGAAGACAGCCACAGCCGUAGCGGUGGGUAGUCAAUGACACAGCUAGAUUCCCUGACAACCAUUAGCCAACAUCAUGGCCCUUGUGGGUAGAGUGUCUGAUUACCUUUGUCUUUCUGGGUCAAAGAGGGCCACUAUAAAGAUGCAAAAUGGCUGCUUCCAAACAAGGGAAAUGGUCAUUUGGUAGGAGUGUCUGUACUUCUCAGGAAGCGCCGUGAAAACUGCUUUAAUCAAUUCUGACCAUCCUAAUUCUUCACCAGAAGCUAGGAUAACUUUCUGAUUCCUCUCUUCUUGCCAUUUUGCAUCUCUUGGAAAGCCAAACAGUGAGCAUGCUUCUCGACUUGUGCCUUCAGGGUCUGGCUUCUCCUUUCUCCCUUUCCCAUCACACCAUCCAUACAUACAAAUAUACUUCCUCUAGCCAUUUAUUCCAUUUGCAGGUUUAUGAGACCUGCAAAUGAGGUCCACAGUAUGGAAGGCAUAGACCACUAGGCUUCUUAAUGGAUAUCAAGGCAGAUCUUGGUAAGCAGGUAAAAACCUGGUAUUGUCCACCAAGUUUAAUUUAGGUCCUUCAAGUUGGAGGUUAAGAACCCAGGCAAAGCUGCUGCUGAACCUAUGGAGGAAGCUGGCCCUGGGACAUCAAACUAGGGGUUAAGUGAAAUUCAUUGAAUGAGGAGUCAACACUCAGGGACAUUCUAGGUCUUUACAGGUCAGAUAGAAAAGAGGUUUUUACCACUGGAGGGGAAAUGGAAAAAUGGUAUAAAUAGGAACCCUUCAUGAAGCAACCCAGAGGCCUCUCUGCAGGGUAGGAUGUGGGGCUACAGUAUUGUGGGGCCUCCAUUCAUCUUAGUACAAAAUCUGACCUGCUCUAAGCCUGGAAAUGGGAAGCAGUUUCCAUGAAGAUACCAGAAAGGUACUUAUAUCCUCAGCAAUGCGGCAGUUCCUCCUUACUUCUCUGUCUCCCUCUUUCUAUAUUAUCAGGCCAUGCCUAUUCCUACAACCUGAGACAACUCUUGGAAUCAGGAGAAAACUGACCAGAUCCUGGACUUGAGCUGCCUUCCCCAGGCCUAGAAAUCCCCAAAGGCUGACACUGAGCUGUGACCGAUUUAACAGCCCUCAGGAUUUGGUCAGUUUGAGGUAGUGGAGACUCAGAUUUGUUGCUGAAAGUUCAGUAACACAGUCCUGGUCUUUGGCCCUAAAGAAACUUUUUAUAUAUGAGAAGUGUUCUCUAUAUACAUGUUUGAGGUGACUCUGGAAUGGAUUACGAAGUUGUAUCUCAGAAUGUCAGAAAACAUUACAGAGCAUUCAAACUUUUGUAUUUGCUGCUUAACCUCAAUAUUACAGCCACAAACGGGGUACAAAGACAAAGCAUAACUGACCAUAAGCAGAAUAUUAACCUUCCAGGUUUCUUUCUUAAGCACAGUAAGAGAAAAGUGGGAGCAAACAACACAAGGAUAUUUUUACAUGUGACCCAUCUCAAAGGAAGCACACCCUAUCCUUGCUCCAUUAUUUGUACAAGGAAAUAUAUGAUUAGAAGGAAUAGAACCCCCAGUUGUCAUCAGCUUUUUUAGAUACCACAGGUUAUAGCAAUUUGAACAAACUGAAAACUUUAUUCUUCUGUGUGAGCUGAACUGAAGUUUCAGAGAAUAAUCAUCGCCAUGUGGAAGGCUUUUUACUAAGUGCAGGAGAAAUCGCAAAAUACUGUAUUUAUAUCUGCCUUCCACUGCUGCCUAUAUAGUAAGCAUCUCCUACAAAAUCAAUAAUAAACAGCAAAUGAUGCAGUUCAUAGAGUAUUUUGCACUUGGGGAAAAAUAUGUAUCUGAAUUGUAAAAAGAAAUGUUUGGAUUUUGUAUGUCUUUUUUAUUAUUAUUAAAAUACUAAAUGAAACUCC